AAGGAGAGUAACGGAAACAGGGGGCUGUGUGUGUCUCGUAGUCUCGUGUUUUUGUCGCGCAACUAUUUUAUUAGCGACAGAUUGCACUGACGCGUCAAAUAUUCGCGCAAAAUGCCUUUGUGAAAAUGAAAAAAGAAGCAAGAAAUAAGCAAUCAAGCGGUGAGUCAAAUAAAAUAAAACAAAAGAGCAGGAACGUUGAAAGUGAGAAAAUGAAAAAUAAACUGAAAAGAGAGUGGGCAAAACUCGGAAGUGGGCCGCAAAAGCAAAAAUGCGAGCGCAAGACGCGCUUUUAUGCGCGGCGAGCUUGGCGCUGUCUUGUUUCCCAAGCCGCCGACUGCUCUCACCUGCUUUGCCCUUCUUUCCGCCGCAUUCGAUUGCAGAAAGGCGAUUUGCAUUGAGAAAAUUUUUGGUUUUUCAAAAAAUAAAAACGGGGAAGGGGGGACAAGGGCGGUUGUACACUGGGGUCAGCAACCCGCGAGCGGCAAACUGGGGCUGCCGCUAUUUUUACUGCUGCAGAUAAAUUUUGCAGUUCAGUUCCUUUUGUUCGCCUCUGCGCUUGUCUUUAUUUGCGGCUGGUGCCGUCACCCAUCAGCAGCAGAAGCGGAGAUGCAGAUGCAGAUGCAGAUGCAGCCGUGCGUGCUGCAAUUUGCUGGUCGGCACUUUGCUUCUGCUUGCAUUUACUCUGUGGUGUUGUGCCCUUGUCUGCUUUUCUGCUUGCUGCCCCUGCCCCCCCCCAGCUCUCUGAAAAACCACAAGUACCAGCCAAAGUUGUGGUGAUGAGUGUGAAAAUGGAUGUGAACACGCGUGUGUUUUGGACUGGCAUUUGGCACUCGAAGCUGUGCUCCAAGCCUUUUGGGUUUACGUUAGGUGAAAUUAAAUCAUUAA